AUGGGCUGUGUGCAAUGCAAGGAUAAAGAAGCAACCAAACUCACAGAGGACAGAGACACCAGCAUCUCCCAGCCUGCAGGCUACCGCUAUGGGGCGGACCCCACGCCACAGCACUACCCAAGCUUCGGGGUCACGGCUAUCCCUAACUACAACAACUUCCACACACCUGUCGGACAAGGGAUGACUGUUUUUGGUGGGAUCAGCACUUCUUCUAACACUGGAACCCUCAGGACCCGUGGUGGCACAGGAGUCACCCUCUUUGUGGCACUUUAUGAUUAUGAAGCACGGACAGAAGAUGACCUCAGUUUCAGAAAAGGAGAACGGUUCCAGAUUAUCAACAGCACUGAAGGGGACUGGUGGGACGCACGCUCGCUCACCACAGGUGGCAGUGGUUAUAUCCCUAGUAAUUACGUGGCUCCAGUGGAUUCCAUCCAGGCAGAGGAUUGGUACUUUGGUAAACUGGGCCGAAAGGAAGCCGAAAGACAGUUGCUUUCCACUGGGAACCCACGGGGUACUUACCUUAUCCGGGAGAGUGAAACCACAAAGGGUGCCUUUUCCUUAUCCAUACGGGAUUGGGAUGACGUUAAAGGCGACCAUGUGAAACAUUAUAAGAUCCGCAAGCUGGACAGCGGUGGCUACUACAUCACCACCAGGGCUCAGUUUGACUCACUGCAGCAGUUGGUUCAGCAUUACUCAGACCGAGCUGCCGGUCUCUGCUGUCGCUUGGUGAUUCCCUGCCACAAAGGGAUGCCGCGCCUCGCUGACCUUUCAGUCAAAACCAAAGAUGUGUGGGAGAUCCCACGGGAGUCACUUCAGCUGAUAAAGCGUCUCGGGAAUGGACAGUUUGGGGAAGUCUGGAUGGGAACGUGGAACGGAACCACAAAGGUAGCCGUGAAGACACUGAAGCCUGGAACCAUGUCCCCUGAGUCCUUCCUGGAGGAGGCUCAGAUUAUGAAGAAACUCCGCCAUGACAAGCUGGUGCAGCUGUACGCCGUCGUGUCUGAGGAGCCUAUUUACAUUGUCACGGAGUACAUGGGCAAAGGAAGUCUACUGGACUUCUUGAAAGAUGGAGAAGGGCGAGCGUUGAAGCUGCCCAACCUCGUAGAUAUGGCUGCCCAGGUGGCAGCAGGUAUGGCUUACAUAGAGAGGAUGAAUUACAUCCACAGAGACCUGCGCUCUGCCAACAUCCUGGUAGGAGACAACCUGGUGUGUAAAAUUGCUGACUUUGGCCUCGCCAGACUCAUCGAAGACAAUGAAUACACAGCCCGGCAAGGUGCAAAGUUCCCCAUCAAGUGGACCGCCCCAGAGGCUGCGCUGUACGGCAAGUUCACCAUCAAGUCAGACGUGUGGUCAUUUGGCAUCUUGCUGACAGAGCUGGUCACCAAGGGUCGAGUGCCUUACCCAGGCAUGAACAACCGCGAGGUGCUGGAACAGGUGGAUCGGGGCUACAGGAUGCCAUGCCCUCAGGAUUGCCCCAUCUCCCUGCACGAGCUUAUGCUUCAGUGCUGGAAGAAAGAUGCAGAGGAGCGGCCCACAUUUGAGUACCUGCAAGCCUUCUUGGAGGACUACUUCACAGCCACGGAGCCUCAGUACCAGCCAGGCGAUAACCUCUAA